AUGAGGUGGAAAAAUUGUAAUCUUAUUUUGGCCUGUUUCAGUCAAAGUGGUGUUCACAACCCAAAGACAGAUCGUGUUCAAGCUGUUAUGGCCAUGGACGUUCCUUACCGUCUCUUUAAUCACCUUCUCACCACAUGGCUUCCCACCUUUUGCACUCCUGAACCUCCUAAAUCCCCUAUGGCAAAUAAAACAGCGUCCUCUAAAGGGAAAUCUUCCAUAUUUAAGGCUAUAUCAUCAAAAUAUCCUUCCUUCAAUGGCUCUCAGAAGGAGGUCUCACGAGUUCUCGAGUUCUUAAGAGACUCAGGAUUUAGAGUUGAGGCGAAUACCUUUGCCAACUCGGAGGAGAAGGACUUUGGACAAAAAGAUAAGAAGACAACUGUGGAGACUGAUAAGAAUUCUGUGGAAGAAGAAUCCAACGCUGGAGAAAAUAAUGAAGAUGAAGAAGAGGAUAGAGGUUCAGCGAAAUGUCUCUUGAUGAAUGAUCGAGGAUAUCUAAUUGCUCAUCCAGGAUUUAUAGAGCCUAUUCAAGGAAGUCGUGCUUUUGAAAGCUACCAUAUUAGUCAUAGGGAACCCCUUGUGGCCGCAGACCUCUUGAAUCAUAUUGAAUUUGUGCGCAAGGUGGCUUGUGUGUCAUAUUCACAGCGUACUUUAGAACGAUACCACUUAUACAAUACCUCCUAUGAUGGCGUCGUUACAAACUCAGCUCCUGGUGAUCAUUGCACUCGCUAUCAGUUUACUCUCGUUCCGGGUACAAACCUAUUCGUGGGUCUUGUUCACGAGGCCCCACAGAAGCAGCGUCAACAACGAAUUCGUCGUAGUGGCGAUUCUGGAGGUUGCUCUCCACGUUCCGCUUUUUGCGCAUGCUCUACGAAGGACCGUCGAUGUUUGAAUUGCGGACGCCUCGAACCCCUCGAAUGC